AAAUAUAAGAGCAAGUGUACUAAAAUCUCUGCUAGCAGACAGUUUAAAGGCCAACAUAUGCAUUUGAGCGAUUUCAGCUAGCAUGCAGCAAGAAAACAAAGUCCCUCCGGCGGAUCAUCAAAGCACGUGCUUAUACUUGACCCCAAAGCCACAGCGUAGGUGCUUCACGCGCAAGAAACGAGCGGCGAACGACGAAUCCCGGCUGUGCUUGCAAUCCAUCAGCUCGAACGAAAAAGCGCCGGCUGCUGAGGCGAAGCGAGAACGAUUGUCUUAAUUGCCUAGCCCUAGCGCUUUACUGCUUAACGUAUAAUGACUAAGUUGGAAUACCCAGAGAACGAGCGUGAACGAGCGUUGGAAAAUGUGGAUAAAAUGCUUUUUACGAUUGCCUCCGAACUACCGACACUGCUAGGGGAAGUGUGUUCUGUCAGCAAUGCAUUAAAGGACACAAAGCUGUGCAACUUUAGUUCGCUAUGCGCGGUGACAAGCGAACUUCCACCUAGCAUCGCCACUGAGCUCCGAAUAGCCCAUGAGGCAGCAGACAGCAAGCAGUUUUUCCUCUGCACCAAGGGAAUAGCGGAUGCAUCCGACAGACUGACGACGCUAAUGGCGGAAGCAAAGCAGACCCGUCGUAAACUCGACCAGUUUCUUGCAAUCAACACGGCAGCGGCGGAACAGCAGCAGCAGCUCCAGAGGUCGUGCAUUUAUCUCGACCAAGCACUGGGCCUACUGUUUGCCCUAGAUCUUGAGCUGCACGAGAUAAAGCUUGCCGCCAGUGCGCUGUACCUGCAUGGACAGAAGGCAGGAGCCGCCCAGCUGCGGGAAACGGAAGGAUUGAAAGGCGCAGUAGCACGUCUCGUGGCAUUCUCUCGUCAAAGCACUUCACCUCAACCCUGGCUACGAUAG